CGAGUUGCAUUUUUCAGAGGGGUCGGGAGGACUUCUUUGAGGUUCGAAAGACCAAUUAUCUAGCCUUCCAGCUGAUGUUGGCUGUUGAGAAAGAAUGUUCCUGUUCAGAUAAUUUUAGCAACUUGCUUAGCUCCGUAAAUCAACAGAAAAGGAAGAUUUAUUUUUUAAAAAGAUGGAAGAACAGCAACAACAGGAGAUGAGUGGUGGAGAUUCGAGUAUUGUUAUACCUGGCCUGGGAAGCGACAUUGUGCCUUCCUCUGCGCACGCAGGGGUUAGCAGCAGUGGCAACAUUACAUCACAGAGCGCGACCGAGCCCAUGUCGGCAGUGGGUGAUGCAGCCAAUGCCAUGCAGCAGCCAGCGGCUGCGGACAUGUACGCUGCUGCAUCUGACAGUGCCACUGCGGCGACGGCAUCAGUAGCACCGACGAUACCCGGAUCGAACGCAUCUUCCUUAGCCGCUGUCGCCGAUCAAGGCAGCUCUGCUUCGCACUCCAUGCCGAACACAGGUACUGGAUCUCAAGCUGCUUCCGAUCAGGCCGCUGAGGACGACGGUCAACCACGCCGUCUUCAUGUUUCCAACAUUCCCUUCCGCUUCCGAGAGCCGGACCUGAACGCCGUCUUUUCGCCUCACGGCGAAGUCGUAGAAGUGGAGAUCAUCUACAACGAACGCGGCUCCAAGGGAUUCGGUUUCGUGACGUUUCGCCACCCGGCUGACGCCCAGCGAGCGAAGGACGCUCUCAACCGCACAACGGUGGGCAAUCGAAGUAUCGAGGUCAACAACGCAACACCACGACAUGCGGGCUCAGGCGGGCAAGGUGGCUCGGGUAUGAGCGGUGGUGGAAUGGGCCGUGGAGGCGGUGCAGCAUGGAGAGGUGGUGGUGCCUCAUCCAGAGGGGGCUUUGGAGGUGGCUAUGGAGGCGCUGGUAGUCAGCGAGGGCGCUAUCAAGGUGGCCCGUCGUACAACUAUUACGGCGGUGGUGGUGCUGGUGGCGGUGCCGGAGGCGGCACGGCUGCUUACAACGCUCCGUACGGACAGCCGGCGACGACCUACGGCGCAGCACCGCCGUACGACAACCGCUACCAGGCAGACCCGUACAGCGGUGCUGCCGGCGGCGCUGCCCCCGGAUACUCGAACUAUGAUCAAUACUACCAAGGGAACACGUACGCCCCUCCAGCGACUACAUACGGACCUGGCUACAACUAUCAUCAAUCGUAUGGCCAGAACCAAGCAUCUUAUCGCGGUGGUGGCAAUGGUGCAGGUGCAGCCCAGGGCAUCGGUGGCGGCGCUGGCGGUGGUGCUGCAGCUGGAGCACCUGCUGGUGCCUAUCGCUAUCAGCCGUACUAAUAUGGAUAAGGGACGCGCUGUACCACCACCACCACUAGCAGCAGGAGGAGGGGGCGUGCGCUCGCUUCACUCUGGUGUGGCGUGUGUGUGUUGUCACCUACCAAGUACCAAGCCUGUCUCGUGUUUCCUCGCGGCCAG